GCAGUCAAGUGUCUGUUCGUAUACAUGUACACUCUCCUGAAAGCUGCUCAACAGUUAACGAAAACGUGAGGGAUUUAUGAUGCAUUCAUUAUGCACAACAGACACAGGCUACCAUCCCCAUGGUUUGAUUAAUCAAGGGGCAACCUGUUAUUUAAACAGUGUGCUGCAGGUGUUCUUCAUGACCAAGGACUUCAGAGAGGCUAUUGAAAGUCAGGUAUUUCCUAAUGAUCAAGAACAAGAGACCAUUGAUCACAAGCUUAAAAGGCUGUUUCAAAAAUUAAAAGAGAAAGAAGCUGACACAAAGGACAUUUCUUGGACAUUGGACAUUCAAACCGUAUAUGAGCAACGUGACGCCGCUGAGUUUUUUGAGAAGAUUUUAAGCACGGUCAAGAAUAAUGUGUCUAAGAUCUUCGAAGGACAAUUGUCGCACACUAUCUCCUGUGCAAAUAGUCAUAUUUCCAAUAUUGAACCUGGUCCAUUUUGGGUUCUGCCCCUCUCCAUGGACGUAACCUUAGGCCCUGGUCAAAGCUACAGUGUGAAUGACGGUUUUGAGGAGUUUUUUGAGAAAUCAACUAUCACUGGGGACAAGCUGUACUGUGCUAAAUGCAAUGAAGAAGUGGAAGCAACAACUGCAUGUAAGAUGGUACAUCACCCAGAGAUUCUGACUCUGCUACUCAAGAGGUUUGAGUUUGACUACCAUGGGAUGACAUAUGUCAAAAUUAAGCGCUCUGUGGACGUUCCUCACAAAUUACAGACAGAGAAUGGGGCAUAUGAACUCUAUGCAAUUGUGGACCAUGAAGGAAGUCUAAGAAGUGGACAUUACACUGCUACAAUCAGGUCCUAUGAGGAUCAGAAGUGGUAUUUGUUUAAUGACAGCAACGUAAGCCUGAUCACAUUGGAACCAAACUUAAGAUCACAAAGUGCUUAUCUGCUUAUUUAUAGGACAUGUGGAUACAGACAAGAAGAGGAUAAGAGGUCAGGUGGAAACAGAGAGGAAGAUGGAAAGAGUGUAUGUGGAAAGAAAGAAAAAGAGGGAGAGAAGAAGUUGUCAGGUGGAAACAGAGGAGACGAGGAGGGGAGCUCAUGGUCAAAGAGAAGAGGAAAUGAAAAGGAUGCAGCUAAAAAGACACCAGAAUAUGAAUGGAUUGUAAAUUGGUUUUACUCAUGCAUAACAACAAUUGGAUCAUGGGGAAAAAGAGGAGAAUAUAAAAUUGAUGCAGAUGAAAAUAAAGGAGAAGGGGGCAAAAGUACAGAUGGGGAGAAUGGAGAUGGAGGGAAGGAGAGGUCAGGUGCAAAGAGAGAAGAUGAUAAAACGUCAGGUGAAAAAAGUACAGACGAGGAUCAGAGGUCAGGUGGAAACAGUAGUGAGGAUGAUGACAGGUCCGGUGGAAACAGAAGAGGAGAAGGUGAUAAGAGGUCAGGUGGAAACAGUGAGGAAGAGGCUAAGAGGCCAGGUGGAAACAGUAUGGAAAAGGAUAAGAGGUCAGGUGGAAACAGUGAAGAAGAGGAAAAGAGGCCAGGUGGAAACAGAGAAGGUGAUAAGAUAUCAGGUAGAAACAGUGAGGAAGAGGAUAAGAGGUCAGGUGGAAACAGUGGAGGAGAUAAUAAGAGGACAGGUGGAAACAGUGAAGAAGAGGAAAAGAGGCCAGGUGGAAACAGAGAAGGUGAUAAGAUAUCAGGUAGAAACAGUGAGGAAGAGGAUAAGAGGCCAGGUGGAAACAGAGGAGAAGAUGAUACAAGGUCAGAUGGAAACAGUAGUGAGGAUGAUGACAGGUCCGGUGGAAACAGAAGAGGAGAAGAUGAUAAGAGGUCAGGUGGAAGCAGUGGGGAAGAUGAUACGAGUUCAGGUGGAAGCAGUGGGGAAGAUGAUACGAGGUCAGUUGGAAACAGUGGAGAAGAUCAUAACAGGUCCGGUGGAAACAGAAGAGGAGAAGGUGAUAAGAGGUCAGGUGGAAACAGUGAAGAAGAGGGUAAGAGGUCAGGUGGAAACAGUAAGGAAGAGGAUAAGAGGCCAGGUGGAAACCGUAGAGAAUAUAAUAAGAGGUCAGGUGGAAACAGUAUAGAGGAUGAUGACAGGUCUGGUGGAAACAGAAGAGGAGAAGGUGAUAAGAGGUCAGGUGGAAGCAGUGGGGAAGAUGAUAAGAGGUCAGGUGGAAACAGUAUAGAGGAUGAUGACAGGUCUGGUGGAAACAGAAGAGGAGAAGGUGAUAAGAGGUUAGGUGGAAGCAGUGGGGAAGAUGAUAAGAGGUCAGGUGGAAACCGUGGAGAAUAUAAUAAGAGGUCAGGUGGAAACAGUAUAGAGGAUGAUACAAGGUCAGGUGGAAACAGUAUAGAGGAUGAUGACAGGUCUGGUGGAAACAGAAGAGGAGAAGGUGAUAAGAGGUCAGGUGGAAGCAAUGGGGAAGAUGAUACGAGGUCAGGUGGAAACAGAGAAAAAGAUGAUAAGAUGUCAGGUGAAAAAAGUAAGGAAGAGGAUCAGAGGUCAGGUGGAAACAGUGGAGAAAAUAAUAAUAGGUCUGAUGGAAACAGUAAGGAAGAGGAUCAGAGGUCAGGUGGAAACAGUAGUGAGGAUAAUAAUAGGUCUGAUGGAAACAGUAAGGAAGAGGAUCAGAGGUCAGGUGGAAACAGUGGAGAAAAUAAUAAUAGGUCUGAUGGAAACAGUAAGGAAGAGGAUCAGAGGUCAGGUGGAAACAGUGAGGAAGAGAAUAAGAGGUCAGGUGGAAACAGAGAAAAAGAUGAUAAGAUGUCAGGUGAAAAAAGUAAGGAAGAGGAUCAGAGGUCAGGUGGAAACAGUAGUGAGGAUAAUAAUAGGUCUGAUGGAAACAGUAAGGAAGAGGAUCAGAGGUCAGGUGGAAACAGUAGUGAGGAUAAUAAUAGGUCUGAUGGAAACAGUAAGGAAGAGGAUCAGAGGUCAGGUGGAAACAGUAGUGAGGAUAAUAAUAGGUCUGAUGGAAACAGUAAGGAAGAGGAUCAGAGGUCAGGUGGAAACAGUGGAGAAAAUAAUAAUAGGUCUGAUGGAAACAGUAAGGAAGAGGAUCAGAGGUCAGGUGGAAACAGUGGAGAAAAUAAUAAUAGGUCUGAUGGAAACAGUAAGGAAGAGGAUCAGAGGUCAGGUGGAAACAGUAGUGAGGAUAAUAAUAGGUCUGAUGGAAACAGUAAGGAAGAGGAUCAGAGGUCAGGUGGAAACAGUAGUGAGGAUAAUAAUAGGUCUGAUGGAAACAGUAAGGAAGAGGAUCAGAGGUCAGGUGGAAACAGUAGUGAGGAUAAUAAUAGGUCUGAUGGAAACAGUAAGGAAGAGGAUCAGAGGUCAGGUGGAAACAGUAGUGAGGAUAAUAAUAGGUCUGAUGGAAACAGUAAGGAAGAGGAUCAGAGGUCAGGUGGAAACAGUGGAGAAAAUAAUAAUAGGUCUGAUGGAAACAGUAAGGAAGAGGAUCAGAGGUCAGGUGGAAACAGUAGUGAGGAUAAUAAUAGGUCUGAUGGAAACAGUAAGGAAGAGGAUCAGAGGUCAGGUGGAAACAGUGGAGAAAAUAAUAAUAGGUCUGAUGGAAACAGUAAGGAAGAGGAUCAGAGGUCAGGUGGAAACAGUGAGGAAGAGAAUAAGAGGUCAGGUGGAAACAGAGAAAAAGAUGAUAAGAUGUCAGGUGAAAAAAGUAAGGAAGAGGAUCAGAGGUCAGGUGGAAACAGUAGUGAGGAUAAUAAUAGGUCUGAUGGAAACAGUAAGGAAGAGGAUCAGAGGUCAGGUGGAAACAGUAGUGAGGAUAAUAAUAGGUCUGAUGGAAACAGUAAGGAAGAGGAUCAGAGGUCAGGUGGAAACAGUAGUGAGGAUAAUAAUAGGUCUGAUGGAAACAGUAAGGAAGAGGAUCAGAGGUCAGGUGGAAACAGUGGAGAAAAUAAUAAUAGGUCUGAUGGAAACAGUAAGGAAGAGGAUCAGAGGUCAGGUGGAAACAGUGGAGAAAAUAAUAAUAGGUCUGAUGGAAACAGUAAGGAAGAGGAUCAGAGGUCAGGUGGAAACAGUAGUGAGGAUAAUAAUAGGUCUGAUGGAAACAGUAAGGAAGAGGAUCAGAGGUCAGGUGGAAACAGUGGAGAAAAUAAUAAUAGGUCUGAUGGAAACAGUAAGGAAGAGGAUCAGAGGUCAGGUGGAAACAGUGGAGAAAAUAAUAAUAGGUCUGAUGGAAACAGUAAGGAAGAGGAUCAGAGGUCAGGUGGAAACAGUAGUGAGGAUAAUAAUAGGUCUGAUGGAAACAGUAAGGAAGAGGAUCAGAGGUCAGGUGGAAACAGUAUAGAAGAUGAUACAAGCUCGGGUGGAAAUAGUAGUGAGGAUGAUGACAGGUCCGGUGGAAACAGAAGAGGAGAAGGUGAUAACAGGUCAGGUGGAAACAGUGAGGAAGAGGAUAAGAGGCCAGGUGGAAACAGUAAGGAAGGGGAUAAGAGGCCAGGUGGAAACCGUGGAGAAUAUAUUAAGAGGUCAGGUGGAAACAGUAAAGAGGAUGAUACAAGGUCAGGUGGAAACAGUAGUGAGGAUGAUGACAGGUCCGGUGGAAACAGACGAGGAGAAGUUGAUAAGAGGUCAGGUGGAAACAAUAGAGAAUAUGGUAAGAGGUCAGGUGGAAACAGAGGAGAAGAUGAUACAAGAUCAGGAGGAAACAGGUGUGAGGAUGAUGACAGGUCCGGUGGACAUAGAAGAGGAGUAGGUGAUAAGAGUUCAGGUGGAAACAGUGGGGAAGAGGAUAAGAGGCCAGGUGAAAACAGUUAGGAAGAGGAUAAGAGGUCAGUUGGAAACAGUGGAGAAGAUGAUAAAUGAUAAAACUAAAUAGUGUGACACAAAAUGUUGCCAGAAGUUUGCAAAUGUUUGCCACUAGUAGUGAAUCUGCGGCAAACCUUUGGCAACGGUAAUAUGUAUUGCCACUAGUGGCAAACAGUUUGCCAGUUUUCUUUCUUGCAAACAAUUCUCUUAAGAUUCUAUUUGAUUCUGUGGCAAACAUGUGGCAACAAUAUGUAUUGCCACUAGUGGCAAACAGUUUACCAGAAGCCAUUCUGGGUGAGCACACAAGUUCCAAGACCAGGAAUCGUUGAUGACCAAUCAUGGGGAUUACAAAAAUUGUUUUGAAAAUGGAAACCAAGUUAUCUAGCUCGCUACCUACCAAAGUCUGCCGCAACAAAUUCCUUUUUGUUACGUUAAUUAAACUUCCUAAUAAACUUUAAAAUUGUUAGCUGAUAAUUAUCACUGAGAAGAAUAUGAAUGUCAUACCGUCAACGGCUCUGUAUUUCUACAUUGUUUAGAGGUCUACUCUAAGCAUGAGACACAUUUCAGCCAGCUUCCUGUUACAGUAUUACUACAUCCCAUACAUCCAGUACAUGCCAUUUGAUGUACACCUUGAUCUGAAAUACCAGUUUUGACAUGACAAUGAACACAGCAGGGGAGUUGGCUAAACACACAAACAUAUCUGGUACCAGGCUAGUCAAAUAAGAAACACUCUUUCCACAACAGAAGGAAGAAGAGGUCGCCCGAUUAUAUAUAAUGCUGCUCCAUACUGAAUAACUUGCUAGGUGUCAGUAAUUGCCUCUUACAUCAGAACACCUGACAAAGCCUGGCCUUUGACCCUACCCCUCCCUCUCCAGUACCAGGGUUCAGUACAGACCCCACUGUGGCUGCAGUCCUGGGGGUCAGUUCUGCUGUCUGUCUCCUGGCUGCCCUGAUGGUGGACUACGGGAGGUACCACUCCUCCAGAGUCACGGUGCAGGCUGCCCCUGAGGCCCCCAGUGUCGUGCAGUUGCACUCGACUCAAUGUGAUGUGAAUGACUGCUGAUGGAAAUUCAGAAUCCAUUAGGGAUUUUUUUGUUUGUUUAUUGUCUGAAAUUAAAAUGAAUUUCAUGCAUGUUCAGAAAUUGUUGAGACUGUCAACAAGAUAUGUAUUGUUUGUGCAUACAUUUUUGAUAAAAGCACCAAAUUUGGAA